AUGUUAAACUUUGAAUUAGUAAGAUAUAACAUAAUUACCUGGUUCUUGAGCGAGAACGACGUCUGGUAUGACGAUCACGAUCACUGGAAGAGGCUCUGCCACUUCUUGUGGUGGUUGUACGACCACGACGAUCUCUUGGUGAUCGUGAACGACGGCGAUCCUUGUCUCGAGAAACUUUUUCUUUCUCUUUCUCGCGACUACUCUCGGACGGCGGUGGACUUAUCCGCUUACGAAUCGAUGGUCACCGACAUUGCGAACUCGAAAAUAUUUCGAAGACGAAGUUCUACAUUUACAGAUCCGACUAAUGUGUUAGCAGUUCAUGAAUUACGAUCGAGAAUAUUGCAAGACCCAGCAGCAACAGUAAAACACUCAGCAGAUGACAUUCAAAGGAUACGUCACGAAGAUUGGUGGCUUGACAGAUUUUUAGGAUCAGUUAAUUACGAUGUAGAUAUUGCUUAUGCAAUUAUUCUUGAAUGUUUGAAAUGGAGAAGAAACUUUGAGGUAGACAGAAUCAGCCUUCUUUCGUUGAAACCAUUGCUAGACAAUCAACUAAUGUAUCUUCAUGGAAACGAUUUACAAAAUCGACAUAUAUUAUGGAUCAUGAUGAACAAAUACAAAAAUGGCGAAGAGGGGUUUGAAAAGCUGUUUACAUUUUGGAUGGAACGUCACUAUAUGGAAUACAAGGGUUGUCAGCCAUUAACAGUCUUUAUAGACAUGACUGGUACCGGACUAAAAAAUAUGAGCUUUGAUGUGAUGAAGUUUAUAAUUCAUUCGUCUAAAUACUAUUAUCCAAAUGCCAUCGAAUCAAUCCUCAUUUUCGACAACCCCGCUAUUUUGAAUGCUUCAUGGAAAGUAAUCGGAUCCUGGCUCGAGUCCUCAGCUGCUAAUCAGAGACAGGACUUACUAACAUUUGUCACCAAGCUCAGUGUCACUCAUUACGUAUCAAAAAGUCAUCUGUUGGAGCAUCAAGGAGGCACCGAUACUUUCAAAUUCACUAUGGACGAGCUUGCCAAAUGCCUUCCACCACCACCACCACCAAAACCUUCUCCAAAACUACUACAGCAACGAAUGCAUUCUAUCGACGACACUACAAACAACAAUGUUACUGAAUUUGACUUUUCGUCAUUUCAAAGAAGAAACGUCAAGUUCGACGAAGAGUCUGUAACUAAACGAGCACCGUCAUUGUCUCGCCGAUCAAGUCGCGGACCGAAAAAUAGGAAAUCACACAUCCCACCGGCGCUAAGACCACUUAUCGAUAACCGAGUUAACGCACCAAGUGACGACUGGUCAUCCAAUGACUUUGUGUCAAUAACACCAAGAGAUGAACUACGUCUUGAGAAGCUGGACGGAGAAAACGAUCUGCUGGAUGUCGUCCUCGUUAAAAAUCAAUCAUCCGAAACUCCUAUAAUGUUCAAAUUCAAGACUACUUCACCCGAAAAAUUCCGAGUCCGUCCAAGCUCGGGGAUCGUUCAGCCUGGGACUACUGAAAUAAUUAGAGUCUAUCUUCAAUAUGAAUACCGCCAUUCGUGGAACAAAGAAAAAUUCCUUCUUCUCACUAUGGAGUCCUCGUCAACUGAUAUUGACAACUUCUCAGAACAAUUUAAAAAUGCCAUCAACAAGGCUGAAUUCAAAUUCAAGUGCCGACUGUCGGAAAAUGUAAAACUCGAUCAACCAGAAGAGAGAAGAUCGAGCUUCUUACAUCAACAGCAACAACUUCUGAACACUAAGAAAGAUGGGUUCUCAAUCGGCGGAGUCAACUUCAACAUGCCUUUAAUCAUUUUUAUUUUUUUCCUACUUCUUAUAUUCCAGUUCAUCUACAUUUUACAAAUGAGAUCUGACAACGCUUUGUUGAGAGAAACCCUUGUUUCGCUUUCCGGACAAAUUAAAGAAGCUAAUUCACUUAGUUCGGAAAACAUUGUUGAAACUGCUAAGAAUGAAUUGUAA